AGUACGGGGGAGUGGGAAGAUGGCGGCGUCGCGUCGCUCUCAGCAUCAUCACCACCAUCAUCAGCAACAGCUCCAGCCUGCCCCAGGGGCUUCGGCUCCGCCACCGCCACCUCCCCCGCCGCUCAGCCCGGGCUUGGCCCCGGGACCCACCCCUGCCUCCCCUACGGCCGGCGGCCUGGCGCCCUUCGCUUCCCCGCGGCACGGCCUGGCGCUGCCGGAGGGGGAUGGCAGCCGGGACCCGCCCGACAGGCCGCGAUCUCCGGACCCGGUGGACGGCGCCGUCUGCACGGUGGCUGCUACGGCCGCUGUCCCGGCAGCUUCCGCCGCCGUCGGGGUCGCUCCCAGCCCAGCCGGCGGCGGCGGUAACAACUCCGCGUCGUCCACUUCUUCCCCGACUUCAUCUUCGUCUUCCUCCCCAUCCUCCCCUGGCUCGAGCUUAGCGGAGAGUCCCGAGGCAGCCGGAGUUGGCUCCACAGCAACUUUGGGACCCGGGGCGGCGGGCCUGGGCCCGGGGGUCCCAGCCGUAAGUGGGGCCCUGCGGGAGCUACUGGAGGCCUGUCGAAAUGGGGACGUGUCCCGGGUGAAGAGGUUGGUGGACGCCGCGAACGUGAAUGCAAAGGACAUGGCCGGUCGAAAGUCUUCUCCCCUGCACUUCGCAGCAGGCUUUGGAAGGAAGGAUGUUGUAGAACACUUGCUGCAGAUGGGUGCUAAUGUCCAUGCCCGUGAUGAUGGGGGCCUCAUCCCACUUCAUAAUGCCUGCUCUUUCGGCCAUGCCGAGGUGGUCAGUCUGUUACUGUGUCAAGGAGCAGAUCCGAAUGCCAGAGAUAACUGGAACUAUACACCUCUGCAUGAAGCUGCCAUUAAAGGGAAGAUUGACGUCUGUAUUGUGCUGCUGCAGCACGGAGCCGAUCCAAACAUCCGGAACACCGAUGGGAAAUCAGCUCUGGACCUGGCAGAUCCUUCAGCAAAAGCUGUCCUCACAGGUGAAUACAAAAAAGACGAACUCCUAGAAGCUGCUAGGAGUGGUAAUGAAGAAAAGCUAAUGGCUUUACUGACUCCUCUAAAUGUGAAUUGCCAUGCAAGUGAUGGGCGAAAGUCUACUCCAUUACACCUGGCAGCAGGCUACAACAGAGUUCGGAUAGUUCAGCUGCUUCUACAGCAUGGUGCUGAUGUCCACGCAAAAGACAAAGGCGGACUUGUACCUCUUCAUAAUGCAUGCUCAUACGGACACUAUGAGGUCACAGAACUGCUGCUAAAGCAUGGAGCUUGUGUUAACGCUAUGGAUCUGUGGCAGUUCACACCACUGCAUGAAGCUGCUUCCAAGAACCGUGUAGAAGUCUGUUCUCUGUUACUUAGUCAUGGUGCCGAUCCAACCUUGGUCAAUUGCCAUGGCAAAAGUGCUGUCGAUAUGGCUCCAACUCCUGAGCUGCGGGAAAGACUGACGUAUGAAUUUAAAGGCCAUUCUUUACUACAAGCCGCCAGAGAAGCAGACCUGGCCAAAGUUAAAAAAACACUUGCUUUGGAAAUCAUUAACUUCAAGCAGCCACAGUCUCAUGAAACUGCAUUGCACUGUGCUGUGGCCUCCUUGCAUCCCAAACGAAAGCAAGUGGCAGAGCUGUUACUUAGGAAGGGAGCCAAUGUCAAUGAGAAGAACAAGGAUUUCAUGACCCCUUUGCAUGUUGCAGCUGAAAGAGCUCAUAAUGACGUCAUGGAGGUUCUGCAUAAGCAUGGAGCAAAGAUGAAUGCACUGGAUAGUCUUGGUCAGACUGCUUUGCAUAGAGCUGCCUUAGCUGGCCACCUGCAGACGUGCCGCCUCCUGCUGAGUUAUGGCUCCGAUCCUUCCAUCAUCUCCCUGCAAGGCUUCACAGCAGCGCAGAUGGGGAAUGAAGCGGUGCAGCAGAUUCUGAGCGAGAGUACGCCUAUACGCACUUCAGAUGUGGACUAUCGACUCUUAGAGGCAUCAAAAGCUGGUGACUUGGAAACUGUGAAGCAACUCUGCAGCCCGCAGAAUGUGAACUGCAGAGAUCUGGAGGGCCGGCAUUCUACCCCGUUACACUUCGCUGCGGGCUAUAACCGUGUGUCUGUCGUUGAGUACCUUCUACAUCAUGGAGCUGAUGUCCAUGCCAAAGACAAAGGUGGCUUGGUUCCCCUUCAUAAUGCCUGCUCCUAUGGACACUACGAAGUAGCUGAGCUCUUGGUGAGGCACGGGGCUUCUGUCAAUGUGGCAGAUUUGUGGAAAUUUACCCCUCUCCAUGAAGCGGCAGCCAAAGGAAAAUAUGAAAUCUGCAAACUCCUUCUGAAACAUGGAGCAGAUCCAACUAAGAAGAACAGAGAUGGAAAUACACCCCUAGAUCUGGUCAAAGAAGGAGACACAGAUAUUCAGGACCUCCUGAGGGGUGAUGCUGCCCUGUUGGAUGCUGCCAAGAAGGGCUGCCUGGCCAGAGUGCAGAAGCUCUGUACUCCAGAGAAUAUCAACUGCCGAGACACUCAGGGCAGAAACUCAACUCCUCUCCACCUGGCAGCAGGCUACAAUAACCUGGAAGUAGCUGAGUACCUUCUAGAGCAUGGAGCUGAUGUUAAUGCCCAGGACAAAGGAGGUUUAAUCCCACUUCACAACGCAGCAUCUUACGGGCAUGUUGAUAUAGCAGCAUUACUGAUAAAAUACAACACAUGUGUAAACGCAACGGACAAGUGGGCCUUUACCCCCCUUCAUGAAGCUGCCCAGAAAGGACGGACACAGUUAUGUGCCCUGCUCCUAGCACAUGGCGCAGACCCAACCAUGAAGAACCAGGAAGGUCAGACACCUUUAGAUCUGGCAACGGCUGAUGACAUCCGGGCUUUGCUGAUAGAUGCCAUGCCCCCUGAGGCCUUACCUACCUGUUUUAAACCUCAGGCAACUGUAGUUAGUGCCUCCCUGAUCUCACCAGCAUCCACCCCCUCCUGCCUCUCUGCUGCCAGCAGCAUAGAUAACCUCACUGGCCCUUUAGCGGAGCUGGCUGUAGGAGGGGCCUCCAAUGCAGGGGAUGGUGCCGCGGGUGCAGAAAGGAAGGAAGGAGAAGUUGCGGGUCUUGACAUGAAUAUCAGCCAAUUCCUUAAAAGCCUUGGCCUUGAACAUCUUCGGGAUAUCUUUGAAACAGAGCAGAUUACGCUAGAUGUACUGGCUGAUAUGGGUCAUGAAGAAUUGAAAGAAAUAGGCAUCAAUGCAUAUGGACACCGCCACAAGCUAAUCAAGGGUGUUGAGAGACUUUUAGGUGGACAGCAAGGAACCAAUCCGUAUCUGACUUUUCACUGUGUGAACCAGGGAACUAUUUUGCUAGAUCUUGCUCCAGAAGAUAAAGAAUAUCAAUCAGUAGAAGAAGAGAUGCAGAGUACCAUUCGAGAGCACAGAGACGGUGGGAAUGCCGGUGGCAUCUUCAGCAGAUACAAUGUCAUUCGAAUUCAGAAAGUUGUGAACAAGAAGCUGAGGGAGCGAUUCUGUCACAGACAGAAGGAGGUAUCUGAGGAGAACCACAACCAUCACAAUGAGCGCAUGCUGUUCCACGGUUCUCCUUUCAUUAAUGCAAUUAUUCACAAAGGGUUUGAUGAGCGACAUGCAUACAUUGGAGGGAUGUUUGGAGCUGGAAUUUACUUUGCCGAAAACUCCUCAAAAAGCAAUCAGUAUGUCUAUGGAAUCGGAGGGGGAACAGGCUGUCCCACGCACAAGGACAGGUCGUGUUAUAUAUGCCACAGACAAAUGCUUUUCUGUAGAGUGACCCUUGGAAAGUCUUUUCUGCAAUUCAGCACCAUGAAAAUGGCCCACGCACCUCCAGGACAUCACUCGGUUAUUGGUAGACCAAGUGUCAACGGGCUGGCGUAUGCUGAAUAUGUCAUCUAUAGAGGGGAACAGGCAUAUCCAGAAUAUCUCAUCACCUACCAGAUCAUGAAGCCGGAAGCCCCCUCACAGACCGCAACAGCAGCAGAGCAGAAGACCUAGUGAUUGCCCCUGGUAAAGGCCAGAGUGAUUCAGACCUGCAACUGGAUUACAGUGGAUUGCUUCCAACCAAAAACAAAAAAAACAAAAAAAAAAAUCAAUAUUCUCUAAAUCCCAACAGCCAAGAAAUAAGCUGUCUUUUAUAAAGCAUUGCUAGAGUGACGGGGCAGAGUAGCUCCCGAGCACACUCACCUGCCCUGGUCCCUUUGAGGAAAUGGCUACUGGGCGGCCUUGAACGUGUCUCUGGCCAUUUUCUUUGCAGUUACCCAUUUCUGAAGCAAGAUGCUUUGCUCAAGAUGUAGAGAUGGGAAAAGAGAAUAUGCUGGCUUACAUGGUCUUGGUUCAUACACUACAUUUUCUUUGUUGUGUUUAGCACAUGUAUAACAGACACACAUGAUGGGCUCAUUUUUUUAAUUUUGCCAAACAUAUUUGUUGACACUUGUUGUUGUUGUCAUUGUUGUCACUUUGAGAAUGAGCCGGAAUCUUCCUGGGAUAUUUUGCACAGUCACACUGACUAAAAUCAUGAGCUAGCAAUGCAGCUGAAGCUUCUGGCUGAACAAGACACUGUUCCCGGUCUCUGUUGUUAGAUUUGUGUCUCUGCUUCUUGUGAACAUAAAGGAAAAGCAGCAAUAUUUAGUUUCCUUUUAUAAACUGCCCCAUCUUAAAAGGAAGGGCACAGACAUCUCUCUUUGACCUAAAAAGUCAGAACCUGCAGGGUUCUUAGGACCAUACUACAGAUGUCAAAAGAACACCAGGGAAAGUUUUAAUGGAGGCAGUUAGAACUUUGCUCCCCUGGUGGACUGGCUGAAGAUCUGGGAGGGAGGAGCCCACUGAGGAGGAAGAGUGGAGCCCAGGGCUGCAACUGCAGCCAGCAGACCCAGGGAUGUCUUCAUUCUCUGGACCACCAGAAUCGUCUACCCUGAGGUUACCCUUUAUUUCCAAAGUCAGGGCCCAGCGUUCUACUCUCCUCUCUUUAGUUUAGAAAGCCAGGAUUCAAGCCCAACGUAAUAAAUAUGCACAAAUGCAAGACGUUUUGUUUACUCCUGAUCUGGCCUUUAUUUUGAGUAGUAUGUAUCAAAUAGUUUAGAAAGAUCCUUUCUCUCAGUUUUUGAACCAUUUCUUCAAAGUUCUUAACAUAGUUAGACAAAAGUUGAAACCAAAGGCAGUUUGCCAUGUUUUUAGACGCCACUGAUAGACAUUUCUUUGUGAAAGUGCUGCUUGUAACGGCACUCGCCAAGUGCACUUUCCUUCCGUUCCCUGUGGACCUUAACUGAAUACAGAGUUGAAUGCAUUACUCUAUUUAGGUUCUACUCAGCUCUGAAGCAGAAGUCAUACAAACAGAGGGAAACAAUGUGACACGUUUCACCAUUUCAGUUGGAAGACUGAAAACAAUUUUUUCUAACUUUUUUUUAAUGUAAGCAUAUUAAACUGUGAUCAUCUUUGUUUCCCUGGUUCUUGAAAUACACAUUUCUCUCUUUUUUUAUUUAUUAAAUUUUUGUUAGCUUGAGCCCAGUGCUAGGACUAGGCAUCCAGUCUAGUGUGAAUAUUACAGUUAUACCUUGAAUGGGUUCUUCAAAAUGAAGUCAAGAGUUAGCCUCGGUCCUCACUACUGUUGCAGUGUCAGUGGCCUGAGCUAGGUGCCGGUGGUUUUGACUGUGUAUUUAAUAGCAACUUGAAUACCAUAUAAAGCUUCAGAAUUUGAUGCUGGCUCAAAGGGUUUUCUUUUUUUCCUUUCUGUUAACAAAGAGUUGAAGAAAUUGGCAUCUGUAUAGUUUUACUAGCUAGAAUGUGUAUGUUAUUUGGCCCAACCGGAAUUAGUUUAAAAUGUUAAACACAGUGGUACUGUGUUACUGUGGUAUAGUAAAAUAUAAACUAAAACAUGAACCUCUGACUGACAUAUCACCUCCAUCAACCAACUAGAUUAACCUGGGCCUUACCUUGAGGAGUCUAUCUUGGUUCCCUAAAACACCAGGGCUGGCUGUGUCCCAUGUUCUGAGCUGAGUAGACACUGCGACAGGAAAGUGCUCUCGAGGUGACUCACCUAGGACAAAAUGCACAGAAGUGAUGAGCAGUUUAAAAAGUGUCAAUCCUGAAAAAAGAAAAAUAAAUAAAUAAAUAAAUAAAUGGUCCACAGAGCUAAUAGAUAUUUCCAGAACUUGAAAACCAAAUGUGUCGUGCGUGUACUCAAGUUGGCAAAAAGGUGACUGUGUAGGAUUUCCUAGAACGGCAACAUAAACUAUAAAAGCCCUCUGGACCAGAAGAACUUGGCAUUCGGCUGAAGUCUGUUUAAUUUCUUUUGUGUGUACUGUUUAGAACUGCUGGCAGGUUUGGGACUCCAGCUUCCCAACAGAACUGCAGAGAGAAGGCGGGUAUCUCCUAGCUCUUUUUUGCGGCCUUUCCCAGAGACCCAACAGUGCUAGUUUACCGGUUUGGCCAGCUUGGAGACUUCUAACUCAGGCAUACGAUAAGUAUUCUGGGCACAUCUGCCUGUACCUUUGCUUCUCCCCAGACUGCUAACCUAGUCUUAGAAGAUACUCCUGCACUUGCCCCAUUUGCCAUGAGUCUUACAGAGACUCAUAUAAUAAGUGUCCCUUAUUUUCAUAUCAGAAUGGAACUGAGCUUAGUCCCCAACUACUUUCUGCUCAGAAGAGUCUGCCAGUUUGCUAGCAGAUAGCAGCAUGGAAUCCAGUGUGUAGUUCUAUGCAAAAGCGUAAUGGCAGGACAGGCUGGGUUCUAACCUUGCUUUCCCUUCCUGGCAGUUACAACUCGGAGCAGCCUGGGGGACAACACUAACAUCGGUCUCAUGACCGAUGAGUGCCACGCUUCCAGCUCCACUCAUUUCUCUUUGCUAUUGGAAUAGUAAAGAGCAUUUGAAAUACAUAGAGAAGUACUUGAAUAUGGCAAGCAAAUAAGCAUACAUCACCAUCUUAUUAUCCUAGAUAUUAUAACAAACAGUAACGUUUGGCUGAUGCUAGGAAACAGCAUCGAGUUGUCCUGACUUUCCUCUCCUUCAGUGUAUUCCCAGUUGCAUGAAGGGGACUCAGGCAUUGUUCCCUCUUCCCUUUUAAACAGUCGUCAUUUGAAUUCCUGUAAUGGCCUUGUAGACAAAAGUGUAUUUUUAAGCACAUCUCCCUGUCCUGUCCCCUCAGCCAUGCACCCGGACCCUGUUUGUGUGCCAGCCUUCUUAUUGUGUUUCUGUUGGGCCGAUCAUCCUGUGUAGAGCUACAGACUAUAGAGUACUCAGCAAAUACUCAAAAAUGACAUUCAAAUGGAUGUUUUCAUGUAUCAGAAAGUUAAAGACUACACUUUGAUGUUAAGGCAGUGACACAGAAAUGAGGGUACUUGUGACAGUGAUAAUCAAAAGAUUGCUAGCUACAUCUAGCACAUGAAAAAAAUUCCUUAAAAAAUACCACCCUAAAAAAGUGAAGCUUCUUCAGCCAACUUAAGCAUUCUACAGUUAAUAGACAAGUAUGUUUUUCCUGUUUGAAAAAGCCUUAUCUGUGGCAGAAACUUUUUAACCUUUUCUAUUCUAGCAGUGAAACAUGAAUCCACUUCUUAAUAUUUGAAAUGUAUUAGUGAGUGGGCGUGUCUUGUGUAUUUCAUACCUGGUAAGUGUGUUCUAUGGGGGUAUAUUUUAUAAGGAAUACUGUCAAAUUCAGUGGAGUUGAUGUAGCCAGUCAGUUCCAAUUUUUCUUAAACUUCUUCCGCCUCCAGGUCAUCUGGUUUGGAGUAACACUAGUGGGAUUUCCAAACCCAUGAUCUUGUGUGGGGGAUUCAUAGAAAGUGAUACCAUGUGGAGUUAGUGUGUCGUGAAAGUUGUUUUUUAAUCAUUUUUAAAGUAUAUACUAUGACACAUGAAACUUAAAACUUGUCAGAAGCUGAAGAUUUUAUAUCUUCUUUCUCUAAGAUCCAGUAUGGUCAGGUUAUGUGGCCAGUUUUAUACUUCUACCAGAGUUCUGCAAAAUUGAGCUGACACUCACCCUGCAGAGGUUUGCCCCUUUCCUCCACCGUCCUUGCGGAGUUUUUUCUCAUUUUUCAGAAUUCUUUCAAUAUCCUCCUCAAGUGGCCCUGAGUGCCCUUUGUUAGCUCAGUGUGGUGAUGGGGUGUCCCUGAACCUCUCUCCCAGUGUGCAGGAAGAAAACUAGAAAAUGCCACAGUAAAAGGAAGGAAGGAACUGGGGUUUUGAAGCUAGUAGCAUCGACUGAGAAGGUGACCUGCGGUAUAUAGUGAGUGUACUCACUACACAGAACACUGACACUCGUCAUGUGUGUGAUGCCUGCUUCCACUCCCUCCCUCCCAGGGUUCUAAGCUCAUCUUAUCCUUGUGGUAGUAAUAUUUGUCCUUAAUACCUACAAAGCUAAAGGUACUUUGAUUGACAAGGUCUCUCAAGAACUUGCAAACAAACCCAGCUUUGAGGAAGUCUAGACUGUUCUGACAACAGCAUCUGGAGUUGUAAUUGUGAUUUUCGUACUGUAACGUCAGUCUGUGUUAGUAACCAGUGUGGUGGCUUUGGUUUGUUGUUAGUGUUCUUUUGUUUCUGGUCUGUGUGACCCACCAGUGGCAGGAGUGCCAGCUCCAUUUUGUGUGUGUGUGUGUGUGUGUUUGUGUUUGUGUGUGUCCAUCUGUAGGCUUGUCAGACAAAAUAAAAGAUACCCAGUUCGAUUUGAAUUUCAGGCUGGUUUCUAGCUCAAGUAUAUUUCAUAUUUGACAUAUCUGCAAUUUUUAAAAUGUUCAUUAACUUAUCUGAAAUUCAGAUUUUGACUGAAUGUCAUAGAUUUUGUUUUCUAUGUAGUUUUUCUAAACCCGAGAGUCCUAGCAGUUUGAUCACAAAAGGAGGCUCACAGCAUGUAAGUUCUCUGGUCUUUAGAGCUUUCACCUGGAAUGAAAGACCUUUUUUUUUUCCUCAACUUUUACUUAUUUCUAAAAGAGGGCAUCAAGGAACUUAACCAGCCUACAUGGUGGGUUUCUAUUUAAAACAUCUCUGUGAUUAUAUUUAACCUGUAAUUGUGCUUUGGCUUAAUGUCUACAGUAAUUGUAACAGAUUAAUAUUCAAUAAAAAACAUUUUAAAGUACA